AUGUCUCGUGGUAAUAUUGAUAAAAGUUUAUCUUACAAAAAGAAAGGAAAGCGUGCCGGAGUCGGUGGUGGCGGUUUAGCGACCACAGAUGAGCUAUGUUAUAUAAAUGAAAUUCCUAUAGAAUUAAUUACUCACAUUGUUUCUCUACUUGAUCCGAAAGAACUAAGCACAGCGGCUCAAGUAUGUAAACAUUGGCGAUGGAUCAUCACUGAUGAUUCAUGCUGGAAGAGUGCAUUCAUUCAAUUUUUCGGAUGUCUCCCAUAUAGACGAUUAGCAAGCGAUAGUUGGAAGAAUGAAUAUAUUAUUCGUACAAAAUUACUUAGAAAGUGGGAAAUUGGACGAGGAGUAGCUCUAAGUUUUGAUCCAAGAGUUGGUGUAAUUCAUAAUCUUUAUGUUGAGUCUGUUAAUUCUUGGAUGUUAGCUGGUUCUUUAGAAAAAGGCAUGGUUUCAAGAUCUGAUCCUAACACAGGAAAGAUUAGCAAGGAUAUUAUAUUUUCGACACAGGAGCAUGUUAGUCAUAGCAUCUCUGCUAUGUUAAUAGAUAGGUAUAGGAUCCUUUGGGGAUAUAAGUCAGGCGCAGUUGGACUUACUACCUUGAAUAAACAGGGUUUAAAUCGAUUUUUCAAACAAUUUCUUGAUUUCCAUGCAGGACCAGUUUCGGUUUUUGCUUGGUCAAACCAACUCACGAAUACUGUUGUGAGUGGUGGUGAAGAUGGUUUAGUUAAUCUCUGGGAUAUUAAUUCUGGAAGAUGCAUUGAAAGUCUUCAUACAGAUGAAAGUCAUGGUAUUGAAAAAAGGAUCACCACUUUAGCGUGGAAUGUGAAGAAUUAUAUAAUAGCAGGAACAGCAAAUGGCACAGUUCAUAUUUGGUCUUUGGAUUCCACAAUCAUAUCUUCAUCUGAUAAUUCUCAACGUAUCGAAAAUAUCCCGCAUGAUAAAAUCGUUGGUAAAAGUGGAGUGAUUUCAUUGCAUUAUGUUGAAUCUUCAAAUGCUUUGAUCGUAGCGUAUGAAGGAAUUUCAGAAAUAAAGCAAUUUGAUUUGAAGACAUUGAAGUGUAUUUGUGUGUUCGAGGAUGGUCAUCUAGGAAAUGUGACAUGCACUGUAAUUGAUAUACAGGAAAAUAAGGGUAGUUCAAAUGAUGGUGGAAUCAAACCAUUAAAUAUUCUAGCAAGUGGGGAUUCUAUGGGUGUCGUUUGUUUAUGGAAAAUUGAUGGUGAUAAAGAUGGAAUUCAUAAACCUUUUAGAGUUUUCGAAGGGCGACUUUCGCCUAUUACUGCUAUUCACUUUGAUGCCUUUAAGAUAAUAACUGGAAGUUUGGAUGGGUCUGUAAUCGCAUUUGAUCCAUUGACUUCGAAAGAGAUUCGUAUACUGUAUCAAAGGUCUCGAAGAACAACUAAUAGGACCGUGCAAGCACAGGAUGGUACCUUGGCUGUAACUUGUAUUUAUUCGAAAGACUAUCGAACUGUAGCGACCAUUGGAGGCCAGAUAAAGACUUGGGAUUUUUCAUCUGGCAUUGUUAAAGGAAAUAAAGCUAAAACUUCAAAGAAAAAAAACACUUCCGUAUCAACACCUAAAUAUAUGAAAUUAAAGGAUGACGUAAGAGAAUCGGCACAAAUAUUUGAGUUAGAAAAGCAAGAAUAUGAGGAACAUCUUGCAAAAAUGCAAGAAUAUACACCAAUUUCUGGAUUAACAAAUGAAGAAAUGUUAGCAUAUGCUUUAAUGAUUUCUAAAGAAGAAAAUCAAACCGAAGAUGAUCAAAUUGCUGAAGCUUUAAGAAGGUCGCUGGAAAUUCAGGAGAAACAUGAGAGAUAG